AUGAUAUUCUUCUUUCCUAUCCUUUUCGCCCUAGCCGGCACCUGCAUCACCCUCCUAUUCUCGAACCGUAUCCGCCAAUACAGAGCCUUGGUCUCCAAAACCAGACAACCCGACCGCGACCGAGUUGUUGUAAAGGGGCAUACCUACUCGGAAGCAGUUAGUGGGGACCAAAAAACAGAAGUCGAAUUCCGAUCCGAGGGCCUGAGUACGAUAUCUCAGAUUGAGAAUGUGCGUCAGGUCUGCAUCAUUGGUGCGGGAAAAGAGGGUGUCAUAACGGGCAUCAUUCUCGCAUCGCACAAUCCAGAGGUCGAGUUCUGUGUCGCUGAUACCGAUGAAGAAUUGAUCAGACUAUGGAAAUCCGAUACGCUGCCCUUCUCUGAGCCAGGGCUGGAAAAUAUGUUCUUUGAUGACGGGGCUCUCCACGCGACUAGGUCUGAGGACGAGAAGGAGGACGGGAAGCACGCUAAUAUAGAUCAUGGUCAGGAUCAAGACCAACAGAGGUUGACGGGAAAGGAGACAGCAGCUCAUGUAGAGCGCCGCAAGAAACUAUCUAAUCUAACCUUCUCGGCCGAUAUUCAUGCUGCGCUCGUCCCGGCGCAGCUGGUCUUCCUGUGUCUGGAGAUGGAUCCCAGUGCUGGCGCAUCUGACGAGUCUUCGUCACACUCCUACCUAGAUUCCGCCCUCUACACGAUUGCCCUCGCCUCGAGAGGGCAUAAAAUUAUCGUGCAACGAAGUACAGCGCCCUACGGUGCUACAGCGUAUAUCAAGAAUCGAUUACAAGCAAUAUCUUCGCCCAAGGCUACCCACACUGUUCUGGCAAACCCCGUUCUGGCCGUCCCAUUCCCAGGCUCUCUAAUAGCGUCAAUGAUUACCCCAUCGAGCGUGAUAAUUGGCCACAUCUUCUCCUCUACGGCCUCGACACCAGCGAUAACUGCUCUGAAGAGGUUGUACGCCUCAUUUGUGCCUGAAGACCGCAUUGUGACCAUGGACGCGUACUCGGCUGAACUAGGAACCAUUAGCGCCAAGGCAGUAAUUGUGCAGCAGAUGAUGGCGUUGAACUCUGUGCACAUGAUAUGUGGCAAGGUAGAGGCGAGUCCGGGAAAUGUGGGAUGGAUACUGGGAGGGCUGGACAUCGCAGCCGUCAGGACAGGAGUGUGGAUGAGGAGGGAGGUGCGGUGCUUAGUCAAUCUUGCUAAGGGGCUGGGGAUGGAGGAGGUGAAGGCGUACUGGGAGGGGGUGCUGAAGCUGGAGGGGAUGAAGUACCGGAGAGAUGUUAGGAACUUCUUGGAAACUCUAAACCAGGGUGAAGACCGGAAGAAGGCUGCUUUGAUCUUGACGGAUGCAAUGGGAGAUCAGGAGACGGCGCUGGUUCUGCUGGACGAGUUAAAAAGAGCCGAGGUGACGAUUAGGGCAUGGGUCGACUGUGCGACAAAGGAGCAGAGCCACAAUGUUCUUCAAACCGUUAGAGGUAGGGUCGAAGGCCUUGAGGUAGCGAAUUCACUAGAAAGUGCGUGCGCAGGAUCCAAUGUCGUCAUCCUCCAUGGUUCCCUGGGGAUUCGUGAUGAGGCGAUGCAGGCGAUAGCGGACAAUAUGGAAAGGCCGAAGGCACUACUGAAUCUAGGAGAUCGGAUGGACGAAAUGAAGAUGCGGCAGCUGGGGUUCAGGCUUGUAUAA